CCUUGUGGGGAGAUGACACCGACCCUGCAGGACGUUGCGAUGCUGCUUGAUCUUUCUAUCACCGGAGACGCUGUCGGGCCCCGCGUGGUACCUUUUACAUGGCUGGAGGAUCUUGAGGAACGUUUUGCAGGUGUUGCCACCACGAUUGAUCCUGAAGAUUUCAAUGAGCACCCACAGUCGAAAGGCCCUUCCAAGUCAUGGCUCCUACAGUUUCAGCCGGAUCUGUUGGCAGCCGAUGCUGAUGACUACAGCGUGACUAGAUCACUUGAGGCAUACCUACUGUGGUUAUUUGGGUACAUCAUGUUCAACAACUCACACGGGCACUGUGCGGAUAGGGUGCUUCUGCCCUACGCACAGGAGAUCGCCGAUGCAGAUGAGGAUGCCAUACCCUUAUAUAGUUGGGGUUCAGCGGUUCUUGCAUGCACAUAUCGUGGACUCUGCAAGGCAUCACGGCAGAAUGAUAGGAAUGCUGUCCUAACGUGGUGCCCAAUUCUGCUACAACUUUGGUCUUACGAGAGGAUUGCUAUCGGUCGUCCCAUGAUUGACCAGUCACCGUACACGCAGGAUAUGUACGGUGACACGAAGGGCGACAGACCCACCAUAGGGACUCUCUGGUACUCUCAACAGGUAUGGACCCAAUAA